UCUCAUAUAUUGGGGCCUCCUCUCCAAGACCGCUCGAACCUGAUAUUGAUAGAGAGCUUCACAUAAGCAUUAAUAACUGAAAGUAAUUUGUUAACAAUUCCUUCAGGUUGAAUCUUAGGGGAAGACUUGUACAUUUGGGAAUUUGUAAGAACACAAUUUCCAAAUUAGUUACAUUCUUGCGCACGUUGUAGCCUGUUUAAUAUCCAGGUUUUUUUUAAAUUGGCAAUCUAGCUUCUUGUAGCUCAGACUAAAACUGAUGUUUAAGCAAUACUGAAAAUCGUAUUGAUCAAGUAAUUUUGUAACAGCCAUAGUUUUAAGCGCGAUGAUGUUCAAGCCUUCGGUUUUGGGAGCACCAUUUUCCCGGUCCCAACAUUCUGCCUUGGUUUUGUUCCCUAUUUCACGCUUGAAAACGCCGCAUCGCAAUGAGUAUGACGACUAAAUAACGUCGGUUAGGAUUUUGGAUAGCUGAUUGAUGACCCUCUUUUGUCAGCGAGUUUUGUCCAUUGAAUAUGUGAUCAAACAAUGAUGAUUUCGUUUCACGAAUGAAGAGACGGAAAGGAAAGAGAAAGAGAAAGAGAGUGUCAUGUGGUUGCUUUAACUUUUGUUUGCAGGCAAAUGGACACCAUUAUGCAACGAUCAAAGAGCUUCUCGGUCAGAGAUAUUUUAGACCUGCCAAAGAAUUCAACGGCUCUCACAGAUGCUUCUCAAACCGACCGAAAUAAUAGCUCCAAAUGGCAACACAUUCAGCAGAGACUAUCUCCCAACCGAUCCGAGAUUCGCUACAUGCCAGAUCUGCUCUCCAUUCACGGUCUCACUUACUCCAGGCGAUCGCCAUCUCCAUCAGAAGAAUCUCAAGGCGACAUGUCCACCAAAGUGGGUGACGAGUCAGUGAAAGACUCCGGAGGAGAGGGGUCCUCCCGUAAGAAGAAACGCCGCGUCCUCUUUUCCAAGGCCCAAACUUUCGAGCUAGAGAGACGAUUCCGACAACAAAGGUAUCUCUCCGCUCCCGAGCGAGAACAUUUGGCCAACUUACUUAAUCUGACCCCGACCCAAAUCAAGAUCUGGUUUCAAAACCACCGCUACAAAACCAAGAAGGCCGUCUCCGAAAAAGGGGUGGAGUAUCUAUCCCAUGGGAUGAAUCCCAGACGUGUCACAGUCCCAAUCCUAGUCCGCGAUGGCCACAGUACCUCGUUUUCGCCCGCAAAUUGUGAUCAAAUGGCAUUUCCCCUCCAUAGGCUAUCAGCUGUUUACGGAAUAAACCCGCUCUACACGAGUGGGCUCUCCGGCCUACCGUGGUCAAGUUCUGUCAUACCCUCAAUGGCUGCGGCCGUAGCUGCCGCAGCUGCAGCAACCACCAGCACCACGACUAUGGCUGCCAUGCAACGGAGCACUAAUAAUCACAAUGACGAUACGCGAGAGGAUCAUAUUUAUUCAUAAUAGUGCAUUACCACUGUCAUCAUAAUUUUCAACAUUCAUGCCCUGAACUCUAGAGAUUCCGCUAACCCAAAAAUCCCUUUGUUACUACCUUAAUGAGAAAUGCCCUUCCCAUUAGUACGUGGAGUAAAAAUAACAAUGAUUACAAUAAUAAGAAUCAUCAUCACAAUAAUCAGCAUAUGAGCUUAGAAAUACAUUUCUUCAACAAACUUGUGGAAAAUCUGUUUGUCAUGUUUUUGGGGCAGAGAUCAUGUCGACUCUUUGAUGGAAUCAAUCCAAAGACGAACACCA